UAAAUUGACUUGAAUGAGCCCAGGCCCACAGUUAUCAAAGUCUACCUGUCAACUUUUUCUCAUCUCUCUCUGUAACUUUUGCUUUCUUUCACUCACAGAGUCUUGUCUGCAACACUUUAAGUUGGAUUUUUUUUUUUUUUUUUUAGUGAAUCUGUCAACACAUUUGAGGACAGCCGGAGGCUUCCACCCACACAGUAGCUUUACAUGAGUCUGGUUUUUCACCUGAUCAUUCUCCCGGGCGUCGCUGAUUCAGCUGGAUCCUCUGGACUGGGUGCUGCCUGCUGUGGCUGUGCAGCUGCUUUCUUCACAGACAGGAGUGCUGAGGAGUCCUGCUCAGUGGUGGUUCAUUAGAGCAAAAAGCAAGCAGUCACCAUGCUGCAAGAGGCUUUGUCCAACAUUCUGACGUUCCACGAUUACCUAAAAUCGAGGACGGAUGUCAGAGUCAAAGACUACCCUCUGAUGGGGAGCCCUGCUCUCAUGACCAGCAUCCUGCUGGCCUACGUCCUCUUCGCCGUGUCCGUCGGCCCCCGCCUGAUGGCAAACCGUAAACCUCUGCGCCUCAACACGGCCAUGAUCGUCUACAACUUCUGCAUGGUUCUGCUGAACGCCUUCAUAGUGUACGAGUUCAUGAUGUCCGGGUGGGCGACCACCUUCUCGUGGAGAUGCGACCUUAUUGACUACUCCAAUUCACCAGAAGCUCUCAGGAUGAUUCGAACUGGGUGGUUGUUUUACUUUUCAAAAUACAUCGAGCUCCUUGACACGGUAUUCUUUGUGCUGCGGAAGAAGCAGAGUCAGAUUACAUUUCUCCACGUCUUUCAUCACUCUUUCAUGCCGUGGACGUGGUGGUGGGGGAUCACACUGACGCCCGCUGGAGGUAUGGGCUCGUUUCAUGCCAUGGUGAACGCGGCGGUCCAUGUGAUCAUGUACUUCUACUACGGACUGUCUGCGGCGGGGCCUCGCUUCCAGAAAUACCUGUGGUGGAAGAAGUACAUGACGGCCAUCCAGCUGACACAGUUUGUUCUCGUCUCCAUCCACAUCAGUCAGUACUACUUCAUGAAGGACUGCAACUACCAGCUCCCCUUGUGGAUCCACUUGAUCUGGAUCUACGGAGUCUUCUUCUUCCUCCUCUUCUCCAACUUCUGGGUGCAGGCCUACAUCAAGGGCAAGCGGCUCCCCUCCACGGACGACAGGCCCAAACAGAACGGCUCGACCAGCGAACCCAUCUCGGCGACGGCCAACGGCAAGCACCUGGAGAACGGGAGCGCUCACCACCACGCCAACGGCAAGAUCCUCUUCGGCAAAGUCAAGGAAAUCUGAGCCAGGGACUCCGGAACUGAGAAAGAAGGAACAGACUAUUUCUAGUUGAACUUGUCACUCCUCAUCCAGUGGUGUACUCAAGUGGCACAGGUUUCAAAGUGCUCUUUCUAAUCUACAGAAAUCUCCAUGCGAGUCUCGUCUUUGGUGAAAAUGUUUGUGCACCUCUUGGGAUAUGAAUGGCGUAUCAUGUUUUUUUUUUUUUUUUUUUCCUUUUGCCAGAGAUCCCUACUCGUCUUAUUGUAUUUGUAAGUUGUUGCAAAAAAAAAAAAUGAAAAGAAAAAAAACAUGAACUGUGAUGAACACUGUAUGAAGAUUGGUGCUCAUUUUCUCACUGGAAGUAUUUCUCAACUCAGGCUUGACCUGCACGAGCUUGACCUACGUUUGCUGUUUGUCGAGCACGGCCUUUUUUGCUUGGGAGUGUUGCAUUUUCCACUAAACACAUGUAAAUAACUGCUUGAGUUUUUUUUUUUUUGCCCCGUUGAGAUCUUUAAUGUAAAUGUUGCAUAUUUAGUUUAACUUUUUUUUUUUUUUUUAAUUUAUCUUUUGAAAUAAAACCAAAUUUAGAUAAUAUCCAGUGUGGUUUGAAAAGCAGUAACGAUGGUACACUGUGUGAGAGAGAUGCCACACCUCACAUUUUCAAUUUUAAGAAUUGUGAAAAAGAAAUGUUAUACUGUAUAUUACAGUAUUGAUGCAUUUUGCUAUUUUUUUGCAUUAUUAGUGACGUGUUCAUCCAUAUUAAUCCAGUUUUGCAACAUUGUUUAUUACUUCAGCACUCUGUGCGAGACGUUAAUAAAUGUACAUCUUACUACAUGAAAUUUAAAAAAACUUGUAUGACUUUUUCUGAAACCUAUAAAAUCCUAUUACCGUU